AUGGGCAUUUUUGUUGUGCAAUUUUUCUAUCGAUAUGCAGUUAUGACAGAAUCUAAAUAUUUGAAAUCACUCAAUGAUUGGCGAGCAGUUUUCUGGUUUUUGUUUCCAUCUGUUUAUGGUACUUUUUAUGGUUUAAUGGUAUACUUAUUUCUCUCACAAACAGAAGAAGCGAAUGAAAUGGUUCGUGACUCAAUUCUAAACGACUUUGAUCUUAACAUCGAUGAUGUCGUUUUCCUUGGAACAUUUUUUUAUCGAAAAAAUGGCAUUGAUUUGAACUACAAAUCAAUCUUCGGAAUUUCGAUUAUGUGGGGAAUGGUUACAAUUUCAUCUCUUUUGAUUGUUUAUUUUGGAUGGUUUUGUUAUAGAGCAAUCGAAAAACCUGUAUCAGAAUCGUCCAUUUUCUGUAAAUUACAAAAACAAUUAUUUUAUGCAUUGUUAGCAGAAACAUUAAUUCCAGUUGUAUUACUACAUGUUCCUGUUUCAGUUCUGUUUUUGUUCACAAUUUAUGAACUCAAUGUUUUGACAAUAUCUCGUAUUUUUUCUAUAACAGUUGCUCUUUUUCCCGCUAUUGAUCCACUACCAACAAUGUUUAUUAUUCAAAACUAUCGAGAUGUUAUAUUCAAAUAUUUGAGAAUAAAAACCAAUGUUAUUGUUUCACAAAAUAUCCGAUGCACAAUAUUUUAAAGAAACUUACGUUUUAUUGUAAAUUGGGUGUGUUUGGUAUGGUUUGAAUCUUUGUCAAUAACCAAUAACUGUUUUUUAAUAAAUAUAUAUUUUUUAUGUGAAACAUUUGAAGAAAUUUUCCCAAUCGAAUGAUUUUUAAUUUACGAUUUUCUCAAAGAAGUAAAAUUCAAAAACCAUGACUCGUUUGCAAAAAACAUCAUUUGAAUUCCCUUGUGAGUUUUUCUGAUUGUUGAAUUUUUUUGAUUAUAUUUUUUUUUUAAAUUAGUAAUUUUCAGUAUGAAAUUUUAUUUCUAACCCCCAAAUUAUUUGUUGAAACAACAAUUUUUCCAAACGACCCCAAAAGCUUCUCAUUUUUUUAUCAAAAAAUUUCACUCUCUCCCAAACCCAUUUCUCUUUUUUUUUUGUUUCAUUGCCAAAGUGAACCACUAGAAGAAUGUGAGAACGAACCAAAAAAGAACAUCGGAACGUGUGCUGGUCCGUGUCCGCUGUUCAGUGUUAUGCGGAGUCAAGGCGCGUCUCUCUUUUUUUCUCCCCUCCUCUGUUCUUUUUUUGUGUGUGUGUAUACAUGUGUGUUCCCCCUCAGGCGAACGCUUUUUUAUCGUUGCUUGCGUCUACUCUUACUGACCUACUGACCAGUUUCACUUUUUUUCAUUGUUUGACCGUGGGUUAGCGUUCGAUUUUUUUUAAUUGUGGGAUGGGUCAUUUUUCAUGCUAAUAAAUUUAUGUUUCAAAUUUCAUUUGAAUUUCUGAAACUCCCGCGAGGCUUUCGGCUUUUCAUGAUCAAAAUUAGAAAUUAAAAAAAAAUCUAAAAUCUGUUGUUACAUUUUACGAAAAUACUCAUAUUUUCUCUACAUAGUUUCUCUAGUUUUCUGGAUAUAAUUUAUUUUUCAGAAUUCAGAAGUCAAAUGAGAUUCCCGUGAGCCCAAAAAUCUUUAUUGUGAAAUAAUUUUCAAAAAAUCUAAAAUCUAUUGUGAAAUUUUUCAAAAUUUAACUCAAAGUUCUGUUAGUAUUCUUUAUUCUAUUCCAGAAUUUAAUUAAUUUUUGAAAAUUCAUCAUUUUUUCUGAAACUCUCGAGAGGCUUUCCAUUAAAAAAUUUAAGCUUAUUCUAAAAUCUUUUUCGAAAAUUUCCGAAACAUCACUCAAAAUUUCUCUAGUUUUCUAAAUCUAAGCAUGAAUCAUUUUAAUUGUCAAUCUUUUUUAUUUAGCCUCAAAUCCUCAAAAAAAUUCUUCUUAUUCUUGUUCAUAGCACUAAAUGAUACUGAAACUUGGAAAAGCUAGGCUCUUCUUCCUACUCCUUCAGUCCUUCAAAUAUGGAGGCGCCAUCGUCUAUCUAAAAGUGCAAAUAUUGAAACAUAGUGUAAUCGCAAGAGAACAUCGAGAAAGAAAAAAAAGAGAACGCGGUGUUCAUUUCUUCUUCUUUUUUUGUUGUGUGUAGUUGAAGCAAAAAAGUGCAGGCGCGGAAUGGAUGGCGGUGCCAGGAGGAAGGCUGGAAUAGAGAAAAAAUAAAAAAAAGGGAGGAAAAAAUGAACGCGAACAGCACCUGCGGGCGGGUCGCCGCGGAAUAAACGGAACGGGCGAACGGACAGACUGAGAGAAAAAGAAAGACAUUGACAAACACUGACCAACAAAAAUGGAAAGUGGUUUCUCUUUUGUGUUCACUUUUCUUUUUUUGGUGUGGUGUCCAUUUCACUUUUUUGUCAUUUAUUAUUCUGGGUUGUACGGUAGUUCGAUUUUGCUUAAGGGGUUUUUGGGUAAUUCCUACUGUAUGGUAAAUUAUUUGAAAUGAUCAAUGCUAAUAUUUUGUAUUUCUAAAUGAGCUUAAUUACAGAAUUAAUUCUCUGGAAAAAUAAUUUGAAUUUGGGACUAUUUUUAGAUUUUAAAUUUUUUUAAGCUCUCAUAAAUGAAAAAACCUUUGCAAGAUCUGAAAUUAUCCUUCAAAAAAUCAAAUUCUGAAAAGUGUGAUUGAAAUAAUUAAUUCAAAACUUCUUAUUUUUCAAGAACCUGAGAACCAUUUUGAAUUUAUUUUAAUUUACGAUCCACGUUCAGACAAAGGCAAAAAUCAAUAUUCUUCCUGUUUUUCAAAUUUGUUUUUCAAUUUGAAACAAAAAACAAAUAGUGAUGAAAUGUGUUUAUUUUCUUCAAGAAAAAAUAAAAUAAAAUUUUUUUCCUGACUAAUUUUUUGUUGGAAAAAUACUUAUUAUCAUCUGGUUGUUUUUGGAAUGUCACCUCAUCAAACUUCAGUAUUUGGGUUAUAAGCUUCUGAUUAUUAUUGAUUUGUAGGAGUUAUUUUCUAUGAGUUGAUAUGAAAAAUUAACUUUUGUUACUAUUUUCAAAAGCCAAAAAUAUCGAUUGCCAGGUUUUUUUUUGAAAAAAAAGUACUUGAUUUGCACUUUCUGUCUAACAUAAUCGAUUUUCUUUGUUCCUUCGCCUCUACUCUUAUUUUCAUGAGUUUUCCAUAAAAAAUCAAUUUUCUUUCAGCUUGCUCAAACUUGGCACAUUAGAUCUAACAUAAUCACGGCUAUUAACAUACUGUGUGAGUUGUUUUUUUUUUGAACUAUCAAUUUCUAGAAAUAAAAACAUCCAAAAUUGAAUUUUUUCAGGUAGCCGGAAAAAAUGUUGGAACCAAAUUAGACAAGGCUAA